GCGAGCUAUGCUCGACCAGCUGAUGGGCACAGGACGAAAUGGUGAGAAUAACAAAUUUCAAGUGAAAUACUCCGACCCGAAGGUCUGCAAGAGCUUCCUGCUGGCGUGCUGUCCACAUGAGAUACUUUCAUCGACAAGAGUCUGAAAAAAGCAAUACCGAACCAAUGUACAAUAUCGUUGCGAAUAUUGUCCAAUUGUAUUGUCCGUUGUACUUGUUCAAUGACACACGCGCGUUACUGUAAGUACUGAAAUCAAAAACGACGUACGUAUUACAACACAUCUACCAUUGAUCUAUUAUAAAAGUAAUUAAAACACUAGGUGAUUUAUAUUUUUAUUGUGAAAACCGAUGGAACUCGCCUCAGUCGCUCUACCCGCCGCGGUAUAUGGUGGCGGUUGGUGAGGCUGAGCGCCCGAAGCUAGAAAAUUUAUUUUCCCAGACCCCAAGAGGCCUGUUCUAGCGCGCUUUUGGUGAGUAGCGUCAUGAUGUUUCAUGCAGACGAUCUCUUUACUGUCGCUUAUCGCUAAUUUCGCCGAUCAUGGAGAUAGGACUAAAUUUCCCGUGAGUAUGUGUGAAAACAGUAGUUUCCCUCAUGGGAAGGAUGUUACGUAUUAUGGAUACAGGGGGAGAGAGAGAGAAAGUGAACGAGCGAAUGUGAGUGAUAGACAGAGAAAAAGAGAGAGUGAGUGAGAGAAAAAUCAGUCGCUGAUCUGUAAGUAAUAUCUUUAGACUCGUCAAUUGCCAAAACUGUAUCUUAUUUUGUUUUUUCCACAUGAGAAAUUUAAUCGAUCCUUGUUAAAAAUGUGUUGUUCUCAAGUCUAACAUUUUCCUUUAUCACUGAUCAUUUUAUAGCAAUCCAUUCUUUUGUUUUUUCAUAAAUCUCAGGGAGCGCUGUCUACUUAUUGGCUACGCUCUUGGUACACGAUCUGCAUGCAUCCCAGAUCAAUCUGUAUUCGUUUCAUGAAGUCUCGUGAAUCGAGUGAUCAUCCAGGGUAAGGUCGCGGAUAUCCUAGAGAAGUUGUCUGUCUUUCAAAAUUAUUGACCACCCUGUUUUCAUUAAUUUCGGUUAACUUGAGUCCUGCAAUUUCUUUUUGGCAAUUACGAGGGAAGCCAUUGGUGCACUGUCAAGAGCGAGUGAGUGUGUGUAUGAGAGAGAAAGAAAGAAAGAGUGGCAGAAAUGGGGAGACAAUAUUAGGCGGAAUUGCACGACGCGCCAGUGCUGUUACACAAAAAAUACCUCACCGUUCGGAUGUACGUAUUAAAACUCGAUUUCUAGAUAAUACAAAACAUUACCCGUAUCGAGAACACUGUGUCCGAUACGCAAUAGUGUAAUGAAAUCUUAUGCUGUAAGUUGUCUCAUAGAAAUUGAACAUGUAAACUUAAGGUGUGUGCUGAUUGUAGCAUCGUUGUCAUCGCAUUGUCGCGUCAGGCGGAGAGGUGUUGCCGCUCUGUAAGUGAAAUCAACAAAAUAUCUAUCUAUAGACAUUAUUACGUUACUCUACCCAAAAAAAAAAAAAAAAAAUUAACCAGAACAACCAACCACCAGCUCUCUUCGUGUAAUGCAUUUCUUAUAGCGUGUCUAGCAGAGUUCCCAUCAGGAAGAAUAACCAAAUUGUCAUUUUGUAAGUCCAUCUAAAAGUCAUCUUUAAGUAUUAUCUAAUUGCUUUGAGAAAAAAAGAAAAAAUUAAGUAUUGGUCAAUGUAUGUAUUCUUGUUUUCUUUUUAAGUAAUCAUUGGAGAGAUUAUGAAAAAGGUCUAGGCUCUGAACUCCUACGAUCGAUCCUCGGUCCAACCGACUUUAUAACCUUUCAUAGAAUACAAUGUCGAUAGUAAUGUUUGUUAUCUCGUGCCGCUGACAAGGACUUUGUACUUGUCAUAUGACAUUCUACAUUGAUUGUGAUAUAUCCCGGGUGGACGCUCUCGUACUUUAGGAGUGGUAAGGUGGUAUGUAUCGUCAAGGGGGUCGUCUAAUUUUGGGUAAUUUGUGAAUCGCAGCGCAUGGACCUGGGAGAAUGCCCCCAGAUUCACGAUUUGGCCCUCCGGGCUGACUACGAGGCUGCUCAGAAGAAGAAGGACCACUUUUACGACAUAGACGCGAUGGAGCAUCUACAGAAUUUUAUUGCCGACUGCGACCGUCGCACUGAGCAGGCAAAGCAGCGCCUUGCAGAAACGCAGGAGGAGCUCAGCGCUGAGGUUGCUGCCAAAGCGAAUAACGUGCAUGUGCUCGCCGAGGAGAUUGGCAAGAAGCUGGCCAAGGCCGAGCAGCUCGGCGAGGAAGGCUUUGUCGAGGAGUCCAUGAAGCUGAUGGGCGAGAUCGACGAGCUGAGAAAGAAAAAGAACGAGGCUGAGCAAGAGUAUCGCAACAGUAUGCCGGCUUCGAGUUACCAACAGCAGAAGCUGCGCGUCUGCGAGGUCUGCAGCGCGUACCUUGGCAUUCAUGACAAUGACAGACGGCUUGCUGAUCAUUUUGGUGGAAAGCUUCAUCUGGGUUUCAUCAAGAUCAGGGAGAAGCUCGCGGAACUGGAGAAGACUGUUGAGGACAGGCGUAAGGAGAAACGCGAGACGAUGAUGGAUAGGGACAGACAGCGGGACAGGGACAGGGACAGGGAAGACCGGGACAGGGAUCGCGACAGGUCUGACAGAAAUCGAGGUGGGCUUGGAUACAGGGAGAGAGAUCGUGAUCGCGAUCGCGAUCGUGACCGUGACCGUGACCGUGAUCGUAGAGACAGAGACAGAGAUAGGGACCGGGACAGGAGGAGAUCUCGGUCCAGGAGUCGCAGUCGUGGCAAAAGAUCCAGACGCUCGCGCAGCGGCAGUCGCGGUAGACGUUCACGUUCGAACCGCAGCGGGUCAAAUGAUCGCAAGAGAUAAGGCUUGAGCAAAUAAAAAAUCUAUAAUGUAAUCCAAAUCCCCUUCGUCUCUCCACGUUACUAGGGACCCGAUCCCGCCGCAAUGACUGGUCCCGUUUCCUUCCCAGCUUGCGCAAUGAACUAAUUAACCGUGUUGAUAAGUACAAGUACGCGAAGAAAACGAGAGUGCGUACGGAUUGAAUAAAAGGAAACUAAAUAACGGGAUUCUCGCGUGUCGAAUUAAAAAUUUUCUCGCGUAUCAUUAUUGACUGUUUUGUUAGAUGAAUUGAUUUGAAUAUGGUUAUACAAAAUGUGCAAAUCCCAGUCGUCUGGGACUAGCUCGUGUAAAUUGCCAAUCGUUUUUAAGUAAUACAACCAUAGCAGAGGACGUGUUUGCCAUUGACAUUUCUAUACUCUGGGACAGAUGAAUCGCGCGACACUUUGCUAAAGUCAGUUGGACGUUUAUGAUUCUAUUAAUUGAAUUUUAUCGUCACGGAUUAACUUUGUCAACACUGCAAUCUUAAUGCCUAGAUAUAAUUUAUAUAACAAAAAAAAAUGGCACUAUCGUCAAGUGUAAAUAAGUUUAGCUUUCUCUUUGGUUAUUCACUAUCGAAUCCCCUUUCAUAUUUAUCAUAAGACUAAGUAGUCCAUGUAACUGUUGUAUCAAAAAAAAACAAUAAAAAAGCAUAUUUGAAAAUAUAA